AUGGUUAUACCAACCAGUGGGCUGGAUAUGACCUACCUUGAUACCGGUGAUGGUGAUGAUCAACUUGAUGGAAAUUGGGAUGAAGGGGAUGAUGCCGAAGUUGUUGGUGAUGAUUAUCGUGGAGGUGUUGGUGGUGUUGAAGUGUUGGUGUUGAAGAGGAAGGCCCCAGCCAUACGUUUCUUAAUCACACCCGCCCUUACCAAAAGGCUGAGAAAGAAAGAACAAACUUCAUUCCAAUAUCACACGCCUGAGCUGCCAGUUAGGGCGGAUGUCCUAGGGCUAUGUUGA